UGUGACCGCGGUUAAAGUAAUGUAUUGCGCUAUUUUUUUCCACUCUACGAGUCAUUCUGUUCCCAGGACGUUUAAAGCCCAUCCAUCAUGAGUAUCACCUUCUGCGAGAUCGUGGGUAACGACUGCCUUGCCAAAAUGAGGGUCAAGUACAACCAGUUCCUGGACGCCCUCAACGACCCCCAGCAGCCCGAGGUCAAGAUCUUCGCGCCCCUCGGCAAAGAGGCUGAGGAGCAGAUGGACCUGGUGCGGGAAGUCACCAAGUAUCUGCAGAAGAAGAAAGAGGAGGAGGUCAAUGCUGCGGAAGCUAAGCGCGUAGAAGAAGCCAAGGCUGUGGAAGCAGCGGCCGCCCAGGCCGCCGCAGAAACGCCCAAGGAACAGUGAAAACUAGACAUUUAAUAUACCCUGUUAUUAAGUACUUAGUAAAAAUAUAUUUACUUAGCACAUGUAA